UCUUUGGAGACGGGCGGAGAAACCUCGGGGUGGGGAGGGGGAUUCGCGAUUCUAAGCCGCCCGAGUGCCCGCGAGGCGGCGGCAGUAGCAGCGGGGAUAGGCUUUCAUUACGCCCUCCUGUCGAGUUGAGAAGGUGGGGUUUUGCCUUGGCGAGGGCGGGGCUCCGAGGAAGGCCGAGCACGGUGCGGGGACGGGACAGGAGGGCAAGGAGCAGGUCGAGUUUGGAGCGAGCGCCUGGAGCGCGCGGGAGCAACCGGUGGGAAGUGUUUGGCUGCGCCGAAGCUCGGAAACUUUGCCAGUCCUUUGCCGCCGCCUUUACUUUGGUGCGGUUCCGAUGAGGCCAUACUGCAUUUCUGUGUUGAUGAUGAAUUGACCUCAGUUCUGGGUUAUGGAUGAACAAAAUGAAAUAGACUUUUCCAAUAACAACAUUACACCAUUGUGGAAGAGAAGAUCAGCGCAUCGUGGGCAUUUGCAUACAAAGAACAAACAUAGACCACAGUCCUAUCAAAGUUCCACUGGGGUCCUCUUCACAGAUUUUCCUGUGGAAGACAAAGAUACAUUCACUUUAAUGCAGCGUGAUGAAACAAUUCCUUCUCCGGACAGCAACUCCAUUCAAAGAGGUCCCUUGCUUUUGACCUGUAAAAGUGUACCAAAUGGAAAGGUUCAGUUUCCAGAACAUAGAAUCUUAUCUUCAACGCUUUCUGAUCAGUCCCCACAAAUCUUGAAAAUGGUUUCAAAUAAUUCUAUAAACUUUUCAUCUACUGGUUGUAUAGAUUCAGCAAGCAGUAAAUCAACUUACACAAGGAAGGCUUCUAAUCAAGCAUCACUUAGUCCUGAGAAGGAACAUAUUGUUUUCACAUCAAGCCUUGGAGUGUUGCCACCUGAAGUUGUACAUUCGCCAAAUAAUAACACAACCAUUGCCUUAGCAUUACAAUCCAGUCAACUUCCUAAAAACCUUGAAAAUGAACCUGUUCGCCUGCAUGCUCCCUCAGACAUUCUGCAUUUGCCUCUGCAAAGAAUACCAUCAAAUCAGAACGACCAAUCAGAUAGGUCAUCUGUGACUCUGAGCACAAAUAGUCUUGCUGCAUUAAAAGUGGGGAAACAGCAGAUCAUCCCCAAGAGCUUAGCUUCUGAAACAAGAAUAAUUGGCAAAGCUAAUGGUCAGAAUUCAGAGCCAAACAGCAGGGUACUUAAGGUACGCAGCAUGGUGGAGACUCUUGACGCACCUUUAGUAGCCAGUGAAGAUGAUGAAGCAGAAGGGGAUGUGGAAAGCCCAGGGAUGCUAAAGCGUAGCUUGAGGUCUACUUCAUACCGACGAGCUGUUGUGAGUGGUAUUGACUUUGAUGGUAUUGCCAAUAUUAAAAUGAAAAGCAAACUGUCUCAGCCAGUGCUGAAGGCAGUCAUAGAAGAUAAAGAGAAAUUCUCUAGUUUAGGAAGAAUAAAGAAGAAAAUGCUAAAAGGACAAGGGACCUUUGACGGACAAGAAAAUGCAGUGUUGUAUCAGAAUUAUAAAGAAAAAGCUUUGGAUAUAGAUUCCGAUGAAGACGUAGAAUCAAAAGAACAAAAGUCAGAUGAAAAAAUAGUUAUUCAAUACAAACCUCUAAGAUCAACAUGGAGUCAACUGUCUGCAGUGAAGAGGAAUGGCUUAUCUCAGACCAUCAGCCAAGAAGAAAGAAAAAGGCAAGAGGCUAUGUUUGAAGUAAUCUCUUCAGAACAUUCAUAUCUGCUCAGUCUAGAAAUUCUUAUUCGGAUGUUUAAGAAUUCCAAAGAGCUGAGUUCUACAAUGACAAAGACAGAAAGCCAUCAUCUUUUCUCCAAUAUUGCAGAUGUCUGUGAAGCAAGCAAGAAGUUUUUCACAGAGCUUGAAGAAAGGCAUCGGAGUAACAUCUUCAUAGAUGAUAUCAGUGAUAUUGUAGAAAAGCAUACUACAUCAACUUUUGACCCUUAUAUAAAGUAUUGCACAAAUGAAGUCUAUCAACAGCGGACGCUUCAGAAACUGUUAGCUACCAACCCAUCCUUCAAGGAAGUAUUAUCGCGGAUUGAAACCCAAGAAGAAUGUAGGAAUUUACCAAUGAUAUCCUUCCUCAUUCUCCCAAUGCAAAGGGUUACCCGGCUUCCACUGCUGAUGGAUACAAUUUGCCAGAAAACACAGAAAGAUUUGCCAAAAUACGAAGUUUGCAAAAGGGCUUUAAAAGCAGUAAGCAAGUUGGUUCGUCUGUGCAAUGAAGGUGCUCGAAAAAUGGAAAGGACAGAAAUGAUGUAUACCAUCAACUCCCAGUUGGAAUUUAAAAUCAAGCCCUUUCCACUGGUUUCUUCUUCACGGUGGUUAGUGAAACGGGGUGAAUUGGCAGCAUUUGUUGAAGACACUGUACUUUUUUCUAAAAGGACUUCAAAGCAACAAGUAUACUUCUUCCUCUUUAAUGAUGUCCUCAUUAUCACUAAAAAGAAAAGGUAGGAACUAUGCUGAACACAUUUUUUUACAGUGAAAUAGUAGAAUUUUGGCUGUAUUUCUUUUAUUAUGCCUAAAACAAAUUGUUACUUUUUAGUUGUUUAUUUAAACUUUUGACAGCUCUGCUGAUUUUUAAUCAAUUGCCUUUUUCUGUGGUUUUUUUAAUCAGGGUUUUUUUUAAUUAGGGUUUUCUUUCUUAAAGAAAUCUGCUUAGAUUACUCAUAUUCACACUUUAAAAAAUAAGUUCUGAUUAAGGAAUAUUAUCUUUUCUGCUGUUUUUUAGAAACCAUGGUAACUAGUCUUUUGAAAAAAAGAAAACUAAUAGAGGAAGAUGAAUUUUCAUCUGAAUAUCGUAUAC